GCCGGCGCCGCGGCAGCUUCUCGUCGCCGAGCUGCUGCCGCCUCCGAGCGGACUGGCGGACGGGCGGACGCCCGGAGCUGGGGGCCGCGCGGCGGGACCGGCGCGACGCCGCGGGGCUGACCGGCCCCGAUGAGGCGGAAGGAGAAGCGACUUCUGCAGGCGGUGGCGCUGGUGCUGGCGGCCCUGGUCCUUCUGCCCAACGUGGGACUCUGGGCGCUGUACCGCGAACGGCAGCCCGACGGCACCCCUGGGGAAUCGGGGGCAGCGGGGCCCCCUGCAGCCGGACAGGGAUCACAUAAUCAGCAAAAGAAGAUAUUUUUUGUGGGCGAUGGGCAGAAGCUGAAGGACUGGCAUGACAAAGAAGCCAUCAGAAGGGAUGCUCAGCGUGUAGGAAAUGGAGAACAAGGGAGACCUUACCCCAUGACCGAUGCUGAGAGAGUGGAUCAGGCGUACCGAGAAAAUGGAUUUAACAUCUACGUCAGUGAUAAAAUCUCCCUGAAUCGCUCUCUCCCUGAUAUUCGGCACCCAAACUGCAACAGAAAACGCUACCUGGAGGUGCUCCCCAACACCAGCAUCAUCAUCCCCUUCCACAAUGAGGGCUGGUCCUCACUGCUCCGCACCGUCCACAGCGUGCUGAACCGCUCACCCCCGGAGCUGAUUGCCGAGAUUGUGCUGGUUGACGACUUCAGUGACCGAGAGCACCUGAAAAAGCCACUUGAAGACUAUAUGGCCCAUUUCCCCAGCGUGAGGAUUCUCCGAACCAAGAAACGGGAAGGGCUGAUACGGACCCGGAUGCUGGGGGCCUCGGCAGCAGUCGGGGAUGUCAUCACAUUCUUGGACUCACACUGCGAAGCCAAUGUCAAUUGGCUCCCUCCCUUGCUUGACCGCAUCGCUCGGAACCGCAAGACCAUCGUGUGCCCCAUGAUUGAUGUGAUUGACCACGAUGACUUCCGGUAUGAGACGCAGGCGGGGGAUGCCAUGCGGGGCGCCUUUGACUGGGAGAUGUACUAUAAGCGGAUCCCCAUCCCUCCAGAACUGCAGAAGGCCGACCCCAGUGACCCAUUUGAGUCUCCCGUGAUGGCCGGUGGGCUCUUCGCCGUGGAUCGGAAGUGGUUCUGGGAGCUGGGCGGGUACGACCCAGGCCUGGAGAUCUGGGGAGGCGAGCAGUAUGAAAUCUCAUUCAAGGUGUGGAUGUGCGGGGGCCGCAUGGAGGACAUCCCCUGCUCCAGGGUGGGACAUAUCUACAGGAAGUAUGUGCCCUACAAAGUCCCUGCUGGAGUCAGCCUGGCCAGGAACCUGAAGCGCGUGGCGGAAGUGUGGAUGGACGAGUACGCGGAGCACAUCUACCAGCGCCGGCCCGAGUACCGCCACCUCUCCGCGGGGGACGUAGCCGCCCAGAAGAAGCUCCGCAGCGCCCUGAACUGCAAGAGUUUCAAGUGGUUUAUGACCAAGAUCGCCUGGGACCUGCCCAAAUUCUACCCGCCCGUGGAGCCCCCGGCCGCAGCGUGGGGGGAGAUCCGCAAUGUGGGCACCGGGCUGUGUGCGGACACGAAGCACGGGGCCCAGGGCUCCCCACUGAGGCUGGAGAGCUGCGUCCGGGGCCGCGGGGAGGCCGCCUGGAACAACAUGCAGGUGUUCACCUUCACCUGGAGAGAGGACGUCCGGCCUGGGGACCCCCAGCACACCAAGAAGGUCUGCUUCGACGCCGUCUCGCACACCAGUCCCGUCACCCUGUAUGACUGCCACAGCAUGAAGGGCAACCAGCUGUGGAAAUACCGAAAAGACAAGACCCUGUACCACCCGGUCAGCGGCAGCUGCAUGGACUGCAGCGAGAGCGACCACAGGAUCUUCAUGAACGCCUGCCGCCCCUCCUCCCCCACCCAGCAGUGGCUGUUUGAACACACCAACUCGACAGUCCUGGAGGAGUUCAACAGAGACUGAGCCCAGGCCUCCACGGCUGGCCUGGCGGGUCCUCCUGCCACUCAUCACAGGACUUCUGUGGGCACCGGGACGGAAGGGUGCUGGCCAAGCGGUUCCGGGCAAAGCCGGCUCUUGAAGCUGCAGCCGGGCGUCUGCCUGGUGUUGGAGGUCCUGAGCUGCGGGGCAGGGUGGGGAGCAGGCCCCACGAGAGGCCCCACGAGGGUGCAGAGCCUACGGUGACCCCUGGUGGCCUUGUGGAAACCCAGGCGGGCCCACUCGAGUUUGUCACCUUGUCCCCUCCAGCGGCCCUAGGCCACCCAGAAAUGAGGCACGUAUAUGGCCGUCCUUUAGAAAGAGAGGCCCGUGUUGCCUGUUUGGGGCCCUGUUAGCUCGUCGCCAUCCGUCUGCAGGGGAAGAGGAGGAAGUGCUGGGGACACCGGUGUCAGCCUGUCAGUGUCUACCUGUCGUGGGGGUAAGUGCAGUUACUACCCAGCUUCUGUCCUCCGUCACAGCCCCAGGGAAUGUCCUCAGAGAGUUGAGUGCUCAGGACCGGCCAGCUGCCGGGCCUGGGGUUCGAAGCUGGACCCUCAGACGUUCCUUUGCAGCCGAGGACGUACAGGGUGUCCCUGCCUGCUCUCCGGGAGCCUGCAAGGCGCGUUCUAGUGCCCUCCAGGCACAAGGCCAGCCCAGCCACCAGCGUUCCCAGGCUGUGUUUCAGGUGGCCAUGGGUGCGUGGAGAGGCCGGUAGAUCUCCAAGCUGGGAAUUCUGGCUGAAUGUCCUUGGCCAGUGCUUCCAUUUCCUUUCCUCUCCCAUCUCUCCCUCUCUCUCCCGCUCCUUGGAGAGAGCAGCAGAGGCGUGAAGUGCUCUCCUCACGAAGUCUGGAGGCCACCAGGGUUGUCCAUGCCAAGAUGCCUAGUCUCUGCCCUCAUCAUGGUCCUAGUUCUCAUGGCGAACUCUGGAGUUUUUAAAGAAGUCUGUAAUUCGAUCACACACCAGAGUGCCACACAGGAUUCUGGCAUUCUGGCGUUCCACACGGAUUCCUAGAAUGUUGUGGUUAAAGGAGCCAGCCAGGUGUAAUACCAUCCAGUCUGUGAAAUUCAGGUUGGUGGCAUUGGGGACUGUGACCUGAAGCCCUGCAGCCUCCCACCCCCCGAGCCGCAGUGCAGAGCAGAACCAACGCCCCGGGAACAGGUGCACACUCAGCUCCAUGCCAGUCCUUGCUGUCUCCCUUUGCUCAGUUAAUUACACGUCAGGCUCCCCAAGGGCUCCCCACGCUAAUAGGAAGCAUUUCUGUAACCAGCCUGCCACCCACGGAUUCAGAGAUGGGAAUCACGUCCUACAACCUGUGGCUUCCAUCAGCUAGCCCAGGCAAUACUUGAAGUCAAUAUUCCAGUUAGAGUUGGGUCCCUCGAUUGUAUCGUUUGCCAGUUAAAUAACUAAGACAUAAAUCUGGGAAUGGAGCCACAAAUCUGGCUUUGAGAUGCUGGCUGAUCUCAAGGCAUCAGUGAUCUUGGAGAGGGAGGACUAAACAUUCCAGGUCACGACCACCCCAAUUAAGCACGCAGCUGGCAAAGCGUCACUUCUCCCCCCACCUCCCCUUCCCUACAAGCCCAGCUCUGGCUACCUCUCUGCAGGAGAGGCUGCCCCUGUAUUUGCAAAGCUUGCUGGUUGAGCCCUAAUGUCUCUUCCAAACGAGCGUUACAUCUUUAGCAGUGGUCCUGCUCAGGAAGGAGUCCCACGAUGCGGCCCCUUCCAGAAUCUCGAUCUCGGAUCGCAGGAGUGUCUCGCAGUGUGGAGAGCAGAGUUAGGAUGCAUCAUCAGAGAGCAAUGCAGCAUCAUUAAAAUAAAAACUGUGCCUUUUAAAAAGAAAAAAAUGCAGCUGUACAGCCAAUCCCUAAACUUGAACCAUUUCCUAGUGCCUUGCUAGACAAACGUAAAGAGGCAGGGGUGGGGGGAGGGGAGUGUUUGGCGUGGCGUGUGCAGUCCCCAUUGGGUGAGUGUGCGUUUCUUCAUGUCCGAUUUCAAGCAGGAGACGUUGGGCCAAGAGCAGGGUCUGAGUGGGAGGUGUCCCCCAAGGGCAGAGUCCAGAAGUCAUUUCAGUUAGAGUGACACUCCAGGCUGAAAGGACAGCUGGACAGCUUGGGCAGCCUGCAGCCUGGAAGGACUGCAGCAGCCCCUGGGGGAGGGCCCUGUGUGGGGGCCCUGCCUGCAGCGCCCUGACCCGGCCCCCAGACAGACUACAGAGCACUGGCCGCAUUCCCACGCGGUCCUGCUGCAAGUGGGGGGCAGUGUUCUGAGCAUGACCAGGACCGGUGUGGGAAGCGGGAGCAAUCCCAGGCAGUCCCCCGCUUUCUUCUCUCACACCAUUUGGGUCUUCUUUUCAGGCUGGUUCUGCCCCCUCAACAAGGGACGGGCAGGUCCUCCCAGCACCCCAGCCUUUGUCAUUGCUGAGCCCACAUGUGGAGGUGCCGCAGUUGACAAAGUGUAGGAUAGGGACGGCAGGAGGCGAGGUCGUUCAUUGCCUGGCUGACCAACUGGCUGAUUGCAAAUACUGGCCACUCAUUGUCUUGGCCUCAUUUGGGGGAGGGGUUGUUUUGUUUUCUAACUAGCUUCACUAAAGAUUCAGAUUCCUGCUCACACACCCCCAGCCGAUGCCCAAACAGAACAGCCAGCAGGCUGUGGAGAGGCCAUGAGCCAGGUAAGGAGGAGGACAGGGGCCCCUUCCCCUCCAAAACCCUUAUUCUGAGCAUGAGGCCACAAAACAAACGAGGGGCUGCCAUGUGGCCCACCAGCAGCCUUUCCGAAGGGGCCCCAGAAACAUUGUGAAAUGCAGAGAGCAUCUUUCCUGUAAGUGCAAGGCCGCCGUUGGAGGCGGCCGACUGUGCAGGCACGGGUGUGGAAAGCCACCGCACGUUGUGCCUCCAACUGGAGCUUGUCACAACCUUAAAAACAGUCCAGAAACGGCUGGUUCCCCGCUUUAGGGAGCAGUAGCUCAGAGGCGGGAGGGGGUGCACAGGUGGAAGGGAUCUGACGUGAGGGUCAGGGGGGAGAGCAGCUGCAGAAGGUGGAGCGCAUGGAUUCCCAAAGUCCACGUUACACUCCCUUUCCACACCUCCUACCUGCUGAAUUUCCUUUUCUCCCCGAGAAAUCGGUGACCUGCUUGAAAACGGCUCUGUAUUUCUUUCUGCACAUCUCCAUGUCUCCAGUCUCUGGAGUCUUAAGAGCGGCAAAGCACUCUGCAGGUGCAGCUGGGGAAUCUGGAGUCCUUCCUGUAUGACCCCUACUUUGUACACAUUGGGCUGCCUUUUCUAAUUCCUAGGAGACCAUACGUUUGUAAUGUUUUCUGAAGAUUUCCAAGUGUGGGGAAGGGGCAAGGCGUUAGUUUUGUUCUGGAACUCCUUUCUGCUUCCAACUAAUGUUCUCUGUGAAAAUCCAAGUAGUAAUAAUUUAAUUCCCAUUUGAUCUUGAGCCAAGGCCCCCUUCCUCCCUCGGGGUGGGUGUUGGACCUACGUUUCAAUGCACAAGGUCCUUGUUAACAUCUGCUCCCAAAGUGGCUCCGAUCCUGCCGUUCUAGACAACAGGGGCAGGCUCCUGCUCUGUUUGGGCACACGGACGGGUCCCAGGGGCACUACAGGCAGCAGGUAUUUGAGAAGUCAGAUGGGGACUCCAUAGAGAAAGCUCGAGACCGCCAGCCUCUCUUCUCCUGCCUGGAAGAGUAAGCCGCUGUGAAGAACUGACGUACGUGUAUAUUUGUGAUUGUUGUUGAGUAAACCUCCAGACUUUCUUUAA